GCCGGCCCCGAAACCACAAUUGGCUGAACUUUGUCCAUGUCCGAGCUCUGAUUGGGUAACGGCAGCCUGGACCCCGCCUCCGGGCCCAAGUUCCGUUAGCAGGUUCGGUUGCUUCCGAAUUCACUUUCGCCAAGGGGGCGUGGCCUACGGAAAAGACCCUUUGGCUAGCCCCUCCUCCUACACGCAGCAGCCACUGAUCCGCCCGGCGAGUGGAGAGGGAACUGGCGGUUCGUUCCGCUUUGGGGAGCUGUAUUUUCUUCUGAUUGGCUGAUGAGCGGCCGACGCUCCCCGCCCCUCCAGUCGUUUGUUUUUCGUCGCGAGACGCAGCGUGAUGACGUAUUCCCCGACAUUCCACUUCCAAGAUGGCCGCAGUCAGCAAGGAGAGACGUCGCUAAGGGGCUUGCCUGAGGCGAGGGGAUUCUAAAGUUUUCAGACAACCUUUUGGAAAGAACAAGUCUACUCCAAUAAAUGAAGGAGAAUAAAGAAAAUUCAAGCCCUUCAGUAACGUCAGCAAACCUGGACCACACAAAACCAUGUUGGUACUGGGAUAAGAAAGACCUGGCUCAUACACCCUCGCAACUUGAAGGACUCGAUCCAGCCACUGAGGCCCGGUACCGCCGAGAGGGGGCUAGAUUCAUCUUUGAUGUGGGCACACGUUUGGGGCUACACUAUGACACCCUGGCAACUGGAAUAAUUUAUUUUCAUCGCUUUUAUAUGUUCCAUUCCUUCAAGCAAUUCCCAAGAUAUGUGACAGGAGCUUGUUGUCUCUUUCUGGCUGGGAAAGUAGAAGAAACACCAAAAAAAUGUAAAGAUAUCAUCAAAACAGCUCGUAGUUUAUUAAACGAUGUACAGUUUGGCCAGUUUGGAGAUGAUCCAAAGGAAGAAGUAAUGGUUCUGGAGAGAAUCUUACUACAGACCAUAAAGUUUGAUUUACAGGUAGAACAUCCAUACCAAUUCCUGCUCAAAUAUGCAAAACAACUUAAAGGUGAUAAAAAUAAAAUUCAAAAGUUGGUUCAAAUGGCGUGGACAUUUGUAAAUGACAGUCUCUGCACCACCUUGUCACUGCAAUGGGAACCAGAGAUCAUAGCAGUAGCCGUGAUGUAUCUCGCAGGACGCUUGUGCAAGUUUGAAAUACAAGAAUGGACCUCCAAACCCAUGUAUAGGAGAUGGUGGGAGCAGUUUGUUCAAGAUGUCCCUGUUGAUGUUUUGGAAGAUAUCUGCCACCAGAUCCUGGAUCUUUACUCACAAGGAAAACAACAGAUGCCUCAUCACACCCCCCAUCAGCUGCAACAGCCCCCAUCUCUUCAGCCUACACCACAAGUGCCACAAGUACAACAGUCACAACCGUCUCAAGGCUCCGAACCAGCCCAGCCCCAGCAGAAGGACUCCCAGCAAUCAGCCCAGCAGCCGCAGCAGCCGCCCACACAGCCACCCAAGAAGCCGUCCCCACAGCCCAGUCCUCCCCGACAGGCGAAGCGGGCCGUGGUGGUUUCUCCCAAAGAAGAGAGCAAAACAGCAGAACCACCACCACCUAAAAUCCCGAAAAUAGAGACCACUCACCCACCGUUGCCUCCGGCCCACCCACCGCCAGACCGGAAGCCUCCCCUCGCUGCUGCUCUAGGCGAGGCCGAGCCGCCUGGCCCGGUGGAUGCCAGUGACCUCCCCAAAGUCCAGAUUCCUCCUCCGGCCCACCCGGCCCCUGUGCACCAGCCACCACCUCUACCACACCGGCCCCCACCCCCGCCCCCCUCCAGCUACAUGACGGGAAUGUCCACCACCAGCUCCUACAUGUCUGGAGAGGGUUACCAGAGCCUGCAGUCCAUGAUGAAGACCGAAGGCCCCUCCUAUGGCGCCCUGCCCCCAGCCUAUGGCCCGCCAGCUCACCUUCCCUACCACCCCCAUGUCUAUCCCCCCAACCCACCCCCACCACCUGUGCCUCCUCCCCCAGCCUCCUUCCCCCCACCUGCCAUUCCACCCCCUACUCCUGGUUACCCACCACCUCCACCUACCUACAACCCCAACUUUCCACCCCCACCCCCUCGCCUGCCCCCCACCCAUGCAGUCCCACCUCACCCUCCUCCAGGCUUGGGCCUGCCUCCGGCUAGCUACCCACCUCCUGCAGUGCCCCCUGGAGGACAGCCACCUGUGCCCCCGCCCAUCCCCCCACCUGGCAUGCCUCCUGUUGGGGGACUGGGGAGGGCGGCCUGGAUGAGAUAACCUGACGCCUUUUUUUUUCCUUGUUUUUUUUUUUUUAAAACAAAAGUUUUUCUAAUUAACUUGAAGAGUAGUUUAAGUGUAAGCAGCGGGGACCUUGUAUAAUGCCAGACAGUUGCAGUAAGGAAGGGAGGGGCCAGAUCCCUGGGAUGAAAUUGGGGUGGUCCUCACACCUGGAGGUCGGGGACAGCCAGCUUCAGUGUGACCUAGGCAGCUCCUCUUGCAGUCUGACUGUACAGUUUCAGCUAAUGUCAUCUGAGAGUCCUGCACUGGGUUACUUUAUACUAGUGAAAAUGUUAACCAGCCAUAUUGGCUCAAUAAAUAGCUUCAGUAAGGAGUGACUUUCCUUCUAGAAAUCAGUGCCUAUUUUUCCUGGGAACUCAGUUUUAAUAGUCCAGUUCCAUCUGAGGUCAAGCUGUUGUCAUUAUUGUCAUUCAGUGGUGUUCUCCCCAUGAGACCCAAUAGGUCAGAUGAACCACUUUUUUGAUUUAGAGGUAUUUGCAGCCUUUGUAUUAAACUAUUGUGAAGGGGUGGCCUUGUUGGAUGGCUUAUUUCUUUUUCCUCCUGGGAGAAGGGGAGAAAUGUACUUGGAAAGUAAUGUAUGUUUACAUCUAUUUGCAAAUUCCUGUACAUAGAGAUAUAUUUUUUAAGUGUGAAUGUAACAACAUACUGUGAAUGCCAUCCUGGUUACAAACAAGUCUCCUUCAGUCAGUUAUCCAAAUAAAAUCAGUUCUGGAACUUG